CAGGCGCAGUGCUGAAAAGUGGUGCCUUUGUUGUUAGGCAUGAAAACAGUCUGCCCCCCAUAUCCACACUGUGGUUCUCUCUUUUCUCGAAGCCGGCGUCACCGCCUUUGCCCGCCCCACCUUUUGUCCGGCGAAAAAAAAAAAUCUUUGGGCAGAACCAACCACCGGUGAAAAAAAAAAUAAGUUGCUUGAAAAGCUGCUGCCCUCCCACCUCUUUUUUCUCUCUCUUCCCCAUCCUGCAUUGUCUGACUAUUUUCUAGUUUUGACACUUUAUUCCCCUUUUUGUUUUUUUGUUUUUUCAAAAAUUCUUCAUUACCUUUCACAUACACAUAAACACAAUGGCCAAGUCCGGUGUUAAGGAAAGCAAGGCCUCUAAGGUCAAGGCUCAGGAGCCCAAGGUCAAAUCCAAGGAGCUCGCCAAGAAGGUCGACAAGAAGAAGAAGGUGGUUGAGCCUGAGUCUUCCGACUCUGAAAGUGAGGCUUCCGACGACUCUGAGGACUCUUCCGAGUCUGAGGAGGAAGAGGAGGUUAAGCCCAAGAAGACCGCUAACGGCAAGACCAACGGCAAGGCCAAGAAGGAUGAGAGCUCUGAGGAGGAAGACUCCGAUGACUCUGACGACUCUGAUGAGUCCGAGGAGGAGGCCAAGCCCAAGGCCAACGGCGCCAAGGUCAACGGCAAGGCCAAGGCUGAGGAGGACUCUGACGACUCCGACUCUGAUGACUCUGAUGAGUCCGAGGAUGAGAAGCCUGCUAAGGCUGACAAGAAGGCUGAUGCCAAGGAGGACUCCGACUCCGACGAGGAAGACUCUGAUGACAGCGACGACUCUGAUGAGUCUGAGGAUGAUGACGAUGCUAUGGAGACUGAGACCAGUGCUCCCUCCAAGAAGCGCAAGGCUGAGGAUGAGGGCGACUCCAGCUCCAAGAAGGCUAAGGCUGACCCCAACGCUCCUACCACUCUCUUCGCUGGUAGCCUGAGCUGGGGCAUCGAUGAUGCUGCCCUCACCGAGGCUUUCAAGGAGUUCGCCGGUCUCACCGGUGCUCGUGUUGUCACUGACAAGAUGAGCGGCCGCAGCCGUGGUUUCGGUUACGUCGACUUCGAGGACAACGAGUCUUGCAAGAAGGCAUACGAGGCCAUGCAAGGCUUCGAGCUUGACGGCCGUGCCCUCAACCUUGACUACGCCAACGCUAAGCCCGCCGAUGCCAACCCCCAGGCUCGCGCUGCUGACCGUGCCCAGCGCCACGGUGACUCCAUCAGCCCUGAGAGCGAGACCCUCUUCGUCGGUAACCUUCCCUUCGACGUUGACCAGGACACCGUCCGCGAGUUCUUCGGCGAGGUUGCUGAGGUUGCCUCCGUCCGUCUCCCUACCGACCCUGACUCCGGUAACCUCAAGGGUUUCGGCUACGUCACCUUCAACUCUGUUGACGACGCCAAGUCUGUCUUCGAGGCCAAGAACGGUGCCUCCAUCGGCAACGGCAGAAUGUCUCGUGCUAUCCGUCUUGACUACGCCAGCUCCCGUCCCCCUCAAAACGGCGGCGGCGGUGGCCGUGGCGGUUUCGGUGGUGGUCGUGGUGGCGGCCGUGGCGGCUUCGGUGGCCGUGGUGGUCGCGGUGGUUUCGGUGACCGCGGUGGUCGUGGUGGCUUUGGUGGACGUGGUGGCCGUGGCGGCUUCGGCGGCCGUGGUGGUGGUGGCGGCGGCUACUCUGGCACCAAGAUCUCUUUCGACUAAAUUGAAGUCGAAGGAGACGAGUGCAACGUGUAAUGAUAUUCAAACAUGGGCGGGAAAACACACUACUUUUCAGUGGGCUGUGGGCUUUGUGGGCUGUCGGUUGAAACAAGUUGGCGACUUCUCGGGAAGUCUGUGGGCUUUUGAGACUUUGAUAGACCUGGGGGCUUGUACAAUCAUCUGAUCCGUGGGCUUGUGGCUACUUCAAUCCUUUUUUUUUUCAUUUGGCAGUUGGGAAUCAAAACAUGCUUUUUGAUCUUGACAUCUCUUUCUUUGGAAAAGUGUCAAAGUUAUACCAGUGGGCUUCUGAUGGAUUUGAGCGGGUAAACGAUCUGCGCGCAUGAACUUGCCGCAAUCGCAUUCGUACGAAUACUUCUGAGGGAUCCUGGGGGCUUUGUAAAGAGACGCCUGAGCAUUCUUGCUCAGUGUGUCCAUGCCAUGAAGGGGGACGAUUGCUCAGAGGAUGUUACAUGGCAUCUGUAAGCUCCAUCCAAACCACCCAUCGCCGUCCGUGUUUUGUAUAUCUGCACCACCCAUCCACUCCCAUCUUUGUUUGUUCUCGCAUCGCUGGACAUUGUAAGUAUGCUGUCCAGCAACAUGUCGCUUGAAUGUGCAUCUUUGGCUAUGUAUUUUUCAGUUAGUUUCCUUCGUUUUUCCUUUGUAGUUUUAGGCGCAUUAGGUACGGAAAAGUCCAUAAUGACACAGUUUGAUCCAAAGUAAACAUUUCUCUCUUUACAAUUGUGAUUUGCGCCCUUUGUGUAGCUUGUGUAUCCCGACUCCGAUUUCGCAAGAUCUCAAAUCCUUGUCUCUGGUCAUCAGGCGGGAAUGGGCGUUAGUCCUUUGGCUUGGCGUUAAUAAGAAUUAAACGUUUUACCCGUCACAAAACACGAGGGAUACGGUCAAGCCCUGUUACAAAGGCGAGUAGGGCAACAAUAUUAGCCAAUACUAGACUCCUCACCACAUCUUACCCUUUUGCCAAUGGAUUCUGCUCUCGGCCAAAUCCUGGCCCGCGCUGAUGUUGCGGCGGCCGGUCCGAGGUGAAGCCGCUGCUAGCAUGGGUGAGACGAUGAAUAGUUCAAUCAAGUUGCGGGACGCAUGGACCAUGACAUCCAUAUCUCUGCUUGAAUUCGACCGAGAACCGAAACUAAACCCAACCUAUGCACUGCGGGACAAGUCGUUCCUCGGAGCUGGCCGUUUGGGAGAUGGCACGUGUGCAUCUUGCGAUCUGUGUAACAGUAGACCUCGACCACAAUCACAGCUGACAUGCAUAGAAGCCGGAACGAAGCGCGUGGGAAGGGUCGAGAAGGCUGGCUAGCUGGUCUGGGUAGAGAGA